AUGGCCACGCCGCAUGGCAGCAUGCACGGCGGUGUCACCGCGUCGGCGACGCCGGUGCGACCGGCCGACGCCACCAUCCGCCUCUUCGGCCGCGACGUCUCCAACGAUGACGACCAGGUGCCCAAGGAGGAGGGAGCGGCGGAGGCCGCCGGCGGCGGGGCGGCGGCCGGGGAUCAGGCGAGGAGGUUCGAGUGCCACUACUGCUGCCGCAACUUCCCGACGUCGCAGGCGCUUGGCGGCCACCAGAACGCGCACAAGCGGGAGCGGCAGCACGCGCGGCGGGCGCACCUCGAGGCGUCCCUCGCCGCGCACUACCUCGACCCGGGCCGCCACGUCUACGGCGCUCUCUUCGGCUACGGCGCCGCCCACCACCACCACCACGCCGCCGCCGUGUUGCCGCAGUACCCGGCCGUGUGGGCAAGCUCCGCCGUGCCGGGACUGUACGCCUCCAUGGCGCGGCCUGCCUACGGUAGUGGCGUGGACGUGGCGGCGGGGACGACGACGUGGAGGAGGGCGUCGCCGGCGAUGGGGAGUGGUGGUAGUGCUUUUGGUACGGCGGCCGGUCGGCACGGUGAGGCAGCGGCGGCGGCGUUGGCGGGGUGCCGAGAGGUGUCCGGUAAGGAUGAGAAAGUGGUCAUGAGUGUCGUGACAUCGUCACUGCCUUCGCUGCCGUCGUCGUGCCUGUCCGGGCUGCCGGCGCCGGAGAAGAUGGGUAGGUCUGAGCUGGGACAGGAGGGGGUUGUGAGCUUGGAGCUCCGGCUGUAGCUUAAUUAGCUCGAUUAGGUUAAUGGGCACGUUCU